UGUUAGCAGCUCCUGUGGCCAGAAGCUUCAAAACCAGCAGAGUUUUGUUCUUUGGGGGUUUGAAAUAAGAGACACUCCUUCACAAAGGUUCUUGUCAUCACAUAGGAGAGUGCUAUAUAUACUGGGAGAACAAUAGGCUGUGUUCUUUUUUGGUAUUAUCCAGAGAUCUGUUUUCUACUGCCCUGACUUAAAGCAAAGUACCUCUGUGGCCUAUCUUUCUCCUCUGGCCCCAAAAUGACAGUAAUCGCUGCAAUCAGUUGUGCUUUCUUAUUUUCCAUUCUCUGUGAAACAAGUGCAUUAGUGUUACCCAACUCCACUGACCUACUCCUGUCAAACAAUAAUUUCACUGACAUUGAGACAGCUUUGGCAGCUCAUCUGGACUCUGCAAAAAUUCCCAAAGCCAGGCGGAAGCGCUACAUUUCACAGAAUGAUAUGAUUGCCAUUCUUGAUUAUCAUAAUCAAGUCAGAGGCAAAGUCUUCCCACCUGCUUCCAACAUGGAAUAUAUGGUUUGGGAUGAAACUCUUGCCAAAUCUGCAGAGGCUUGGGCUGCUACAUGCAUUUGGGACCAUGGACCUUCUUACUUACUGAGAUUCUUGGGCCAGAACCUGUCUGUAAGAACUGGAAGGUAUCGAUCUAUUCUCCAGCUGGUAAAGCCGUGGUAUGAUGAAGUGAAGGAUUAUGCUUUCCCUUAUCCUCAGGAUUGCAACCCCAGGUGCCCCAUGAGAUGUUAUGGACCCAUGUGCACCCAUUACACACAGAUGGUUUGGGCCACUUCCAAUCGUAUAGGCUGCGCAAUCCACACAUGCCACAAUAUGAACGUCUGGGGAUCUGUUUGGCGACGAGCUGUUUACUUGGUAUGCAACUAUGCCCCAAAGGGGAAUUGGAUUGGAGAAGCACCAUAUAAAGUAGGAGUCCCAUGUUCGGCUUGUCCUCCAAGCUAUGGAGGUUCUUGUACCGACAAUCUUUGUUUCCCAGGAGUAACAUCAAACUACUUAUACUGGUUUAAAUAAGUUAAGGUUUACAUUAUUUUUAAAAGAAACACAUGGAUGAGUAACAAGAAGCUUGUAUAUUGAAUUUUGCACAUAUUAUAUAUAGAGAGAUAUUGUAAUAAUACUCUGAUGUUUUCUUUUUGUAUGCUUUUGUAUAAUUAGCUUUUAAAGUAUAGUAUAAUUUGGUUUUAACACUUUGGGAUGUAAGACUCACAUUAACCCUUUUAGAGUAACAUUUUUUAAAGGAGAGCAAACUAAUUUUCACCUUAGCAAGUGUAGCUUCCUGAAGAUUAGAUUCUAUUAAAAGCACAUUAAAAGAUAGAAUAUGACUUCCUUUUAAAAAUAACAGCUCCAGAAAGAGAAGGGUCAUUGUUUAAUACUGUGCUUUAAAAAUGGAGUGUGAUGUGCAAAGCAACAAAUUGUCCUCACACUCCCAAUGGUUCCUCCCGUUUACACCUGUGCUUUCACCUGCAAUGUCAAUGGGACUCUGAGCAGAGGAAAACAUAUGUGCAAGAGAAACUGCAGGAUAUUACCUACCUCAUGCACAACAUCAAUUUUAUGGCGUUCCAAGAGUUCAGCACACGGCUGCUGCUAUCAUCAACGAUGCCUGUGUGCAGACAGGAAAAUUAGAGAGAAUGAUGAACCACACUGGCCAAGAUGCAGUGGCUGUAAACUCACAUGCCUAAAGUCUUAACGAGAUAGAAAGCUACAUCACUUUAAAUAUACUGGUAUAAUAACACAGUAUAAACUCUACCUUCCUGUGUUUCUGAACACAGUCGUAAUGGUAUAAGUGUGCUUUGCAGCAGUAUAUUUAUUCUUGUACAGGAAGGUAUAGAAUCACAGAAUGGUUUGGGUUGGAAGGAACCUUGAAGACCAUCUAGUUCCAACUCCCCUGCCAUGGGCAGGGACACCCUCCUCUAGACCAGGUUGCCCAAAGCCCCAUCCAACCUGGUCUUGAACACUUCCAGGGAUGGGGCAUCCACAGCUUCUCUGGGCAACCUGUUCCAGUGCCUCACCAUCCUCAUGGUGAAGAAUUUUUUUCUUAUAUCUAAUCUAAAUCAACCCUCCUUCAGUUUAAAGCCAUUACUCCUUGUCCUAUCACUCCAUGCCCUUGUAAAUGGUCCCUCUCCAGAUUUUCUGUAGGCCCCCUUUAGGUACUGGAAGACUGCAAUAAGGUCUGCCUGUCGCCUUCUUUUCUGCAGGCUGAACAACCCCAACUCUCUCAGCCUGUCCUCAUAGGAGAGGUGCUCCAGCCCUCUGAUCAUCUUUGUGGUCCUCUGGACUCGCUCCAACAGGUCCAUGUCCUUCUUAUGCUGGAGGCCCCAGAGCUGAACAGAGUAAUCACAGUACAAGUAAAGAAAUAUAUUGCUACAAAGCAACGUAUAUCAAUAAAUGACAUCCAUACUGGCUUUUAACACUGUAAGUUUUCCAGUAUAUGUGCCAUCCCCCUGACUGAAACUCAGCCAGGUGAAACUUUCAAGGAGAGAUCAGAUGUAAAAGUAGAGGAGAGGAUUUCCAAAUAAAAGACAUCAGGCACCUUUAAAGCUUCAUACAUAUUUGUGACGAAUAUUUCAAAAUUGUGAAGCAAUUGGCAGUGUCCUUUAAAAUAUGUUGUGCUAUUUCCUGAAAAUAUCUGUACCUUUCCUGCCAAAAACUGAACACCUUAUGGGUGCUUACUAGAACAUUUAUAAAAAGGACCUAUACUUUAAGCUAGAAUAUUAGACGAGUAGUUUUCUUGAAAAAUAGACUAUAAAAAGGAGGAAAUCGAAUGUCUGCCACAACUACUAUGUCAUUGAAAUAACCUUGAGUUUUGGCUUUAUGUUAAAGGCAGAGUGUACCCCACUUUAAAUAUACGUGUUUAGUCUGCUUGCACCGCUACAUUUAGAACUCUGAAAUGUAUGAACUUUGAAAAGCAUUACUGAGUAGAGCAAGCAGAACAGCAGAGGAUAAUUUCACUAGUGCUACAUAUGUAUGUGUCUUUAAGUCACAAAUUCAGUCCUUUUGAGGGUGUUUGAGACAGUCUAUUACCAGAAUAUGAAAUAUCACAUUGGUAAUACAAAAAGAUCAGUUUGAAUUCUUCACAUUAGUUAUUCUUUUUCUCUGGCAAGAUAGCUGUGUGGUGGGAAUGGGCUCUACAGCAUAUGAAGUGUAACAGCCCCUCUCCAUCCAUAAUCUGAUCCCUCAGAGAACAUCAGCAACUGAUCUGUGGCUUUUCAGACAUUUCGAGUUAGUGACACUUCUGUAUCUGACAGGACAAUAACUAGACAGUAUAUUGUCUUAAAAUGUGUCCAUGUUUUAAAAGAACAACACUUGUAAUAUUCUACUAACUUUUAUUCUAACAGUUACAAUAUAAAUGGUUUUCCUUUUGGUUUCAAAGGGGCUUGGAGUUGCACAGUGCUCAAUCAAACACUUUGGCUGAAUAAAAUCCAGUCCUGUUUUGAGAGUGAAACACAACCUGUUAGCUUUAUCUAUAUACACACUGAAAGAAUUCAGUGAGACAAAACUAUUAGGUGGGUCAGUAGCCCUCAGCCAGCCCAGUUUUUGACAAAGAUGCAUGGGACAAAUACAUUUUUGUUCUGCACUAGAAAUCUUAUGUAGAGGUAAAGACAGCACAGUUAAAAUAGUGCAUCUAUCUAUUUUCAGUAUUUUCUUUUUAUUUUUUUUUUAAUGCACGAUAGGAAGCAGAGCAUAAGCAAAAGUUCAGGUUAAGUGAUGAAGCCUACAACAGUAGGUCUAACAAUAAAUUACUAUGCACUUUGGAACUUGCAACUUGUAUGUUGUAUGGUACACUUUCCAAACAGGACUAGGCAUUGUAAAUUAAUUUAUAGUUCUGUAAUUCAGCUGAAAUUAUUAUAACGGGUAUAUAUGUUAUCGUAUCUGUUACUUUUUAAGUUGCUACAAAUACCUUGACUUUGUGGAAUAUUUUGUUUUCUGUGGAUAUAGAAAACUUUGCUUUUAACAAACAGCUAUGCAGGUUUUUUCACAACAUCCCAUAAUGGUGCUAGGGAUUAACUAUUGUAAUCACACUGUAAUUGACAGCAGCAAAAAAUGAUCUGGGUAUAAGCUAUUUCAUAUGAGCAGCUCCUGAUAAAACCAGCCACAAGCACUCAAGCAUUAGCUGAAUAUUUUUCAUUGAACAGGAGGAUUACAGCUCAUCAGAUAUUUGAUUACCACAUGAGAUUUGCCCUUCAAUUUUAUUUAUCGAAGGCCUUUCUGUAUUACCUAUUUGAAUCACCCCAAUUUCUAUUGUCUUUUUUCUCUUGGGUUGGGUAAUGACAAUGCCGGCAAAGCUCUACUUUGAUUGCCAGUGUCAGCACUGCCUGAUUGAUUACCUGACACCAAGUGCUGCUAGAACAAAAGUAGUGAAAUGUGCGGAAGACUUCAGGUGUCUUUGGCAGUAUAUCUGCUCUGAUACAUGCUGAUGAAAAUUCCUGAUGUGUUCAAGGUUAUGCUGAGGCAAACUACCCCCAGCGGCUGUUCUGCUAGCCUUGAAGAUUUGUACUAAUUCCUUCUGAGCAGAGUGGUGUGCCUUUAAAUACAGAGAAAUUAGCUCAGACUUUUGUUCUGUUCUAAAUAGAAAAUUAUGAAAGUAUACACACACUAAAAUAAGGCUAAAAAUAUAUUUGGUCAAAAUACCAUGAGAGGGAUAAGAGUAAAAAUGAAGUAAUUGAUAUCAUUGAGUGCAGCUGUUUAUAAUAUCUGCUUGUGAUUUUUUUGCCUCAUUUAAACAUCUAAGAUGAUGGGUAGCAAUUGAUACCUUUUGGUGCUAACCUAUAUGUUCUGGUGCUGAAGUUAUACAUUAUUUUUGUGGAAGAUGAAAUUUACUUCCAAUAUUACCAUAUACACUCUAGUGUUUGUGAGAUCUUUUUCAGCUAAACCUAUCAUUUACUACCACUAGGCCAGAUUGGCUUUCAAAGCUCCUUUUUAUGGUUGUUUCAGGCUCUGAUGAGAGUUUUAUGUGCAUCAGAGAGGAAAAUGUAUUCCAAAACAAACAGCACCCUCCCCUCAUCACAACAGUGAAGGGCCUGUGGAACAAAGUAUGGGGAGAGUAAGACCUCUGACAGUCAUGACUUCAAAUUGAUGCUGAGCAAUUUUCAGUGAUCCCAAAUCCUCUCUCUGGGGUAACAAAUGACUUCAGAAAAUCUAGACUUGACCUUGCACACUUAUCCUUGGGAAGCUGUGUGUUCCUCUUCUCUGAGAUCAGUUUGUUCCCCUCUGAAUUCGAGAUGAGUUGGAUCAGGCCUCAGUGAAAACCAUGGGAGGUUUAAUAUAACUUUUGCAGGAGUGAGAAAGUUGGAUUCCAUGAAAGCUUCACAGGCAGCAAAAUUAGACUUCAUGUGUUAUCCCCUACCAACGCUGUGAGAUACUUCUGAAAGAGGAAACCUCCCAGAGCAAACGUGUUCUAUACUACAGCUGGGACCUAACAGAAAGAAAUAUAUCUGUAUCUAUAUCCAUAUCUAUAGACAGAUGGAUAGAUAGGUAGAUAUGUCUGUUUAUAUAUGAUCUUCAAGGAUCAGGUUGCAAGCAUGGAUGCCCUCUUGUAGUGGAGAAUGCCAAUAUAUUGGUUCAAUUUCAUGGGAAUCCAAAGGGGUUUAGGAUUUUUUUAAAAACAAGCACAUGCAAAUUUGGUUCGUUUCUUUUAAAAUUUUUGGCCUUGAUUUUAAAGACAUGUGACUUUGUCCAUUUUCUUUGAGAAAUGAGGUCCAUUGCAUAACUCCACCAUUUCUUAGUUCUAUGUGAUUUCUAAGUACAGAACUCAAUAACAAUUGUAUUGGCUGUCGGCUGCCUAUCAUACAAAGCUUUAUGAGUAUGAGGUAAAACAGAGCUAUUCAGAUGUCAGCUGAAUUUUUAGAGGCAUUAAUUCAGAUGUAGUUAUUGAAAUGCAGGAAAUGGGAAGCCUCAUUACUCAGAUACUAAAUUCUAAUGAUCCUUUAUAAAAUAAGAGUUUUAAAGGCCCAAAAUACUGUUGGAAUUUGCCCAUUAUUGCUAAAUUUUCAAGACAAAACUGUUGCUUUCCUCACCUAGAAUUAAAUGAUCUCAUAGAAUCCGAGCACAUAGUGUUUUUAUGGUGCUUUUUAAAACUGUGCAAAAUAGAAAAUUUGUAUACUCUGGUUGUCAGAUCAUAAUUGGUCUGAUGGGCUCAAAGUGCACAAUGCUUCCCAUUUGGAUUCAUAAGGAGAUCAUUAAACUUCUUUCAGUAGUAACCUGAAAUAACCACAGCCUUCUCAAACUCCUUUCUUUCAAUAGAAAAUAAAUUGAAAAUCAAGAAAAAAAGAAACAAUCCAUCUGGUUAAUUCAACAGAUAGGCAACAGCCCAUCUGGUUAAUUCAAGAAAAGAGAAAAAAAUCAUUACUAAUGAUAAUUUCAAGACUUUCUUGCUCCUUAACCUUAAUUUACUGAGUUUCCCUCAGGAUAUAGUUAUUUUCUGUUAGAGAAGAAGCUUUUGCUAAUAUUGCAAGGCAAUGCAUUUUUAAAUUCACACAAGUUAAUGGAACAGACAUAAACUUUUGAUAGUUACCCCCACUCUGCUGAGCUCCCCUGAGUGCAAAGUGUGAUAAAACCAGACUGAAAUGGUUGCAGUUCAGUAUUAUCUCCAUGUCUUCUUCCAAAAUAAAAAUUCAGAGUGGAAAAAGAUGUUAUGAUUCCUCCAACUUUUGGCAUCUUAUCAUUUGGCAAUCAAGUUCUAAAUUCUUUAAAAAUCCUUAUACUGACAAUCCAUAUAAAUUAUGCUUGGGGUUUUUUUUGGCCAGCAGGAGAAGAGAGGGAAUAUCCCUCAGGUUAUAUAUUUAGCUCACAACAGCAAUCAUUAUUCAAAUCACUGGGCUGUUCAUCAUGCUGCAAACUCGCUACAGCUUCAAUACAUCAUCAUGUAAGACAGGAAGUAUCUUAGAUACAAUAUUUAAGGUAAUAAACUCGUUUCUUAAGAGUGAAUGGUAAUAUUGGAAUCUAAUAGCUCUGAGAAGUUAAACAUCUUUGUUUCAUGUAGGGUGCUCUUAACGUAAUUGAAACGGUGCUUAAAGGCAGGGUUCAUUUAACAAGUAAACUAUCUACAGUUGCUUUUUUCCAUAUGCAAGAAGGAAAGUUUCUUCUGAAGACUGAAGAUGUUGAGUAUUGGAAAAUGAUGACAUUUCUACGCUUUCUAUCUGAACCCAAGCCAAAAAAAAUGUUCAGUGUUUAUACAGUGAAACGUCCUUUCCCCCCCUCAUUAUGUAUUUUCAUCAUUUCUUGUUUAGAUUUUUUUGUGAUAAUUGUGUGGGUGGGGUUGUAUCUGGUUUUUCAGAGAAGAAAGCUUGUUGUGUAACACAUGUCUUGCAGUGAACUUAUCAAUAUAACAUUUCUUUCAUAUUGUCAUAUGAUGCUAUAUACAUGUUAUACCAGAGAUAUAAAUUUGUAUCCCUGUUUCAACUUCUAAUACUAUGAAACUAUAGAGAAAUGUACAUCAUUUUGAUCUAUUUUGUACCAUCUAUGCAUUUAAAUAAGUAAAAAUAUCAGUAUUUACACUUGA